CUCCCAAACUGUAGUUGAAAUGGCACCUGGUUUUUGCUCCAACAAACUACUAUUACUACUACUCAUCAAUUAUCACCAAGUACUAAAUAUAUGGAAGACCCUCUUCACAACCACAUCUCAAAUCAAAUAUUCAAACACUUUCCAAAACCCAAAAACCUUUCUUUCCCAAUUCAAAUUGUUACCGGACUUUUAUACUUUCAGAAUUGAGAAAAAAGAAGAUGAGUUUAACAAGCAAAGCUUGGAUUGUGGCAGCAAGUAUUGGAGCAGUUGAGGCAUUCAAAGACCAAGGCAUUUGUAGAUGGAACUAUGUUCUUAGAUCACUUCAACAAAAUGCUAAAACCAAUAUCAGAUCCUCUUCUCAGGCCAUAAGAUCCUUCUCUUUUCAGUCAGUAGCUGUUUCUCAAAAGAUUAGAGAUGAUAAGAUAAAGCAGUCUGAGGAUUCAUUAAGAACAGUCAUGUAUUUGAGCUGUUGGGGUCCUAACAAUUAAGACCCUCAGCACUAUUGUGUAUAAAAUUUUGUACCUAUUUCUAUUAAUACUAAAACACCUUUCUUGAUCA